AUGUUUUGGAGACCUGUUACAUCAUGGGAAGCUUCUAUUCUCGGAUUCACCAUCAUAUCUGAAGAAUCAAGAGGUGACUAUUCCAAAGCAAGAUGUAGUUUCAAGCUGGCCUCGCUGAAAGCCAGCGACAUUGCAUCUCAGCCAUUGUCUAAUAACACAGGAUCAUACACGUCUUUGCAGCAAGCUAUCGAGUGGUUUCAGACCUGUAGGAUGAAUCACGCUCAUUGCCGCAAUACAAGUCUUACAGAUGUACCGUUCAAGCCCACUAGACUUUUGUUUGUCCAGUCAGAUGGCGAGAAUAUCCAACUGCGGCUCCAUUGUUCUACAAAACAAUUGGCGGCAGUUCCAUAUAUGACUUUAAGUCACUGCUGGGGUGGAGGUAGUCCACUAAGACUAGUAAAAGCAACACUCACUGCGUUUCAGCAAAAAAUUGACACAAAGCAACUACCAACGACAUUUCUACAAGCUGCACAAAUGACAAAACGACUGGGCUGCUCAUAUCUGUGGAUCGACUCCUUAUGCAUUGUACAGGAUGACUGGGACGACUGGUUGCGGGAAGCGGCUCGUAUGGGUCAAGUAUAUAAGAACUCCAUCGGCAAUAUUGCCGCAACCGAUGGCACAGAUUCUUCCAAGGGAUGCUUUUGUAUCAGAGAUCCCCGCGCCAUUCAACCGGAGCCAUUCGAUGACAUUCCAGACCAGAGUCAGUAUCUGGUCGGUGGCUCGGAUGUGUUCAGGCAUCAUAUUUUGUACACUCGCGGUUGGGUAUUACAAGAAGUUCUGUUGGCACCUAGGGUUUUACACUGUUGCCGCGAGCAGCUGUACUGGCACUGCGACGAACUCAGAGCUUCGGAAAUCUUUCCAAAUGGAAUGCCAGCUUCUAUUUUGGAAGAUUACCAUCCUGUAACAAAAUAUAGAAGCUUCAGCAAUGAGCUCAGCUUAAGAUGGAAACUCAUAACUUACCAUCCAUUUACAUAUUGGGCGAGACUUGUCCAGGCAUACUGCGGCAUGUCAUUCACUAAGACUGAAGACCGAGCCGCCGCUUUUUCUGGUAUAAUUUCGCUGUUGAGACCGCAUCUCGGAGAUUACUUGGCUGGACUAUGGAAGAUAUUCUUGCCGUUCGAACUUCUAUGGGUAGCUGUGAAGCCCUCUAAUAGGCAUAAAGCGCUUAAAGUGCCAAGCUGGUCUUGGAUGUCUAUCGAUGGCCCUGUU